GCUAAGACAUUGUCAUGUCAUGGUCGCGUAUGUUCCCUCAUGUUUUCGUGUCAGGUUGUGGCUAACUAGCAGCUACUAGUUAGCCACGCGAUGCCAAGAUGGCGCCGCCGGUAACUUCACCCAAUCUCCGUAUUUCCUUCUCCCGUUUGCACAGCACAGUCUGUUGUUCUUUUCUGCGGUACUGACCCCUCAAUGUAGCUCCGAUCCGAAAGGAAGUCGUUGAGCACUUUGAGGCCUGAAGUCGCGUUCAGGUCACCGAAACCCAUCCUGACAACGUGUGGCUUCUGGAGGGGGAAGAAGGACCGAGAAGACGGAAAGCCGCCAUUUUAUAUCGGAAGUCUGGCUCCUCCUUCCAACUCCUCCUUCUCAAACGAGGAAUGUUGAACAUCUUCCAUAAGUCCCAACAUUAUUUUUUACAUAUUUUUUACAAGUGGUUACGCUUCUAAUACUAUUUAUGACUUAUUAUGAGUCGGUUUGUUGUCAAAUAUGAGUACUCUACUGUACGUAGUAUGUGUGCUGCUAGCAUGAAGAACAUGCAGUCAAACCAGUUUGUGAUGUCAUGGACUCCUGCCUCAGUCCACACACUUUUUAUGUAGUAACACGACUGGGUCAGCCUUAAGGACCAGGAGAAAGAGUGAGAAGACGUCAUGGGUCAGACACAAACGUCCAAAAGUCCACAGGUGGUCCUGAUUGGUUUAGAUUCUGCUGGAAAGACGACGCUGCUGGCUCGACUGCUGACAGGACAGGUGGUGGACACGUCGCCAACCAUCGGAUUCAACGUGGGUUCUUUCUACUUGGACAAGAAGACAUGGUUGACAGUUUGGGACAUCGGAGGACAAAAGAGCAUGAUACCCAACUGGAGGUACUACCUGGAUGAUUGUAAGGCGCUGGUCUUCAUGGUGGACAGUAGCGACCCCGGUCGGAUGCCGGAGGCCCAGAAGGCAUUGAAGAAGGUUCUGAGUGACGAAAGGCUACAAGGUGUUCCUCUGAUGGUUCUUGCCAACAAGGCGGACCAGCCCGGUGCCAUGAGCGUGCAAGAGAUCUCCAAGCAGCUGGGCGUGUCCAGCUACCCGCAGCUGCUGUGGGAGAUUCAAGCAUGCAGCGCUCUGCAAGGCGUCGGCUUGCGGCAGGCCUUCACUUCCGUGGCUAAACUCAUCAAGAAGAACUCCGGCGGGGUCCGACGCAGAUGAUUAGCUAGAAGACGACAAAGACUAGCAAAAUACUAGUGGAAAAAUGGAAGGAUGCCACUUUCACUUUCACUUGUCAGAUCAUCAAACAAAUGGCUGCAGGAAAACACUUCUUAAUUCCAACACGGCAACACUGCCACCUCCUGGCCACCGCUAGCGCCGCAUGUUGAAUGGAAGGAAUAAAACACUCCAAGGUUCAAAUAGGAUUUAUUGUGCUGUGUGAGGUACAAUGUAUACUAUAUCAAAUACAAAUAGUCGUAUUACUGGUAAAUAUUCUUUGGUUGUACAUAGAAGAGAAGGUGUUCCAAGUGCAGCAGGAAUGUUAGCAUUGCAGGGUUAGCGUGUUUGUAUUCAGGUAUGGAAUGUCGUGAGAAGGUGCCGGUGCUAUAAAAAUGCUAAUGAUGGUGUUAGUGCGAGCAACACUAAGACGCUGUGUUAGCAAUGCUUAGAUGAAGGUUGGUCUGGGAGCAAGAUCUUAUUCCUCAAGAGAAGCUGAAGGCUCCUGCUUGGGUUCCGGAUCCUGCAGCAGCGUGGCGGAUAGAGCGUACUCCUCGCUCACACCUUCAGAAGUCACACUGACCUCUGCAGGGCCUGCUGGCUCCUCUUCACCCUGCUGUUCAUCUGCUGGGGUCAUCUGCUGGUGGAUCUCCGUGAAGGUCACCCCCUCAUCGUGGCCGCUCAUCGGGGGCAGCUGGACAUGGUCCUCUGGGACCGGAGCCUCUUCCAACUGAGUGAGAUGUUCCUCAGGAGGCUGUGAGUCGGACUUGCUGCGAGGCUGUAGAGACACACGCCUUGUAGGUCAUACAGAUGAAGAGUCCAGGGUUAUCUGGAGGUCAUACCUUCUUGAUGCCAAAGGUCAGAGGGGACACCUUCAGGCUGGCGGUUUUCUGUUUGAUCCUCUCUCGUUGCUCAGCCGAAACAAUUUUGGUUCCAAUCUUUGUCAUCUUCUUCUCGAUGUUUUGUCGUGACAAGGCUUUCUUCAGGUUGUCGACCUGCAAGAUGGAUGCCAGCAGGCUCAGUCCAACGCUGUAAACCUCGCAGAAACAUUGGCGUGUCUUACCUUCUUCAUACUGGAGCGUUUCAGCUUCUCAGCUCUGGACUUCUCCAUGUUCUCCAAGUCUUGAGGCCAUAUCUCCUCUUCCACGUCGUCCUCCAGGCCCACAUCCUCGUCAGAUGACAGGUUGAUGGUAUGGAGUCCACCCUCCGAGGGCUGAUCUCCUUCCACGCCUGGCGCAAGUUCAUCCCCUUCUUCCAGAAUCUCAUCGCGAGGGAAUGGAGGUGCAUCCUUCACAAAGACACUGGCGGGGAUCUCGUUCUCCUCCUUUAAGGACCCGCACAACCACCACAGUUAGCCACAAACACGCAAUCGCUAAUGUGCUGCUAACACACACAGGCUAACAUGUACACACACUAACACACACGUGCUAAUAUACACACAUGCUACCAUGCACACACUAAUAUACACACAUGCUAACAUGCACAUAUGCUAAUAUACACACACGCUAACAUGAACACACGCUAACACACACAUGCUGACAAACACAUUCUUACAUGCACACAUGUUAACGUGCACAGAUGCUAACAAACAGCACAUGCUAACAUGCCCAUAUGCUAACAUAUACACAUGCUAACCAGCGCAUAUGUUAACCCAGCACAUGCAAACAUGCACAAAUGCUAACAUGCACACACAAUAACAUAAAAAUAGCAACACAGACACAUGCUAACAUAUAUACAUGCUAACAUAUAUACAU